AUCAAUAUUUGGUUUGACCACCCUUUGCCUUCAAAACGUCUUGGAGAACUAACCACAGAUCUUCUGUGGAUGUAGUCUAGCUAGGCUGUAACAGAUCUAGAAAACUGUUACUUGCUUUCUGUGUUGAAUGAAAGGUGUUAUUUUACUCCCUGCCAUUAGAGGGCACUGGGAGCUAUUACUGUGAAAGGUUCUCUACGCCAGAGAAUAAGAGGAAGAGGGAAGUUUGAAUGAGGAGCACAUGGAAGCUGAGAGUGUUUGCUCUCUCUAUGCUUUUAUUUGGAAACCCUUGUUGAGGAAUAUUUUGUUCUACAUCUCAAUAGGGGUUUUGUGUCUGUCUGAUUAUGGGAUCAUCUACCCUGGUCACGGAUCCUUCUCUUCAAUAUUGGGUUUUUCAUCUUUUGGAUAAAGUUUACUGGAUGGACUUGGAUUUAUCCUUUUAACAUCUAUGCCUUGAUGGACUGAGGACAUGUGCAGUAACACUGAGCUUCAUUGUUGUGUGGACAUUCAAAUGUUUUUCUUUCAAAUGUGACUGCUGCUCUAAGAUAUGUUCAUGAUUGUUGUGCGGUUUCAAACUGUAUGUCUUUUGGGAAUGUAAAUAUAAUAAGAUUGGUGGUGACAGAUCCCUCCUCAUUUUUUGUGUGACAUUUUGUGAAUAAUCUUUGUUACAUAAUUUGGCGCCCAAACAGGGACUGAAUCUCCGCCAUAGUCAUUUUCUUGAACUACAAAGUAGUAAUAUGUGGUCACAUUGGUACUGAUAAUUGUCUAAUUUUUUUAGUUUGAGUACUUGCAGAGGACCUUACAUGAGACAACAUGAGCCUGUCCCAGACUAUGAUACUGAACCUUUUACCACCCGACGUGAACCAGUUCAAGAUCUGAUACGUUCCUUCAGCAGCUUGUAUCUAGAGUCUGAAGAAGGAAUAGCUGUUCCAGAAGAGGAUAAUGACUUUAGUUGUCUGCCGCCUCCACCACCACUGGAAGAGGAUGAAGAGAGUUUGAUCAGUCUUGCUAUUUCAACAAAGGUUAGUCAGUUGGGGCUCAGAAUGGAUAAGAUGGAGCAAGAUAGCAUGGAACGUGUACAAGCAAUGGAAAGACAUAUUCAGAGUCAUCUACAACAGUAUGACCGCCGUUUGAUUGUUAUAGAGGGGCAGAUGCCAGAUUUAUUAAAGCUAAUGACCUCUCCGUCAUCCACCAGCCAAAGCUUGAAUAAGAUGGAGGAAAAACUAAUUGAUUUUGUUAAGAAUGAACUCAGUCAUCUGAAGAAAUCCUUAGAAAAUCAGUUGCAAGACAUGGGUAAAGCUGUGAUGGAUUGCAUGAAGAGAAGAGAUAGCCAUCUCAGGUCUUUAAUUUGCCAUACGCCUGGAGCUACCUCUACCCCUACUGCUACCUCAAUUCAAGAGGUAAUUCACCCAGCUGCCUUACAAAAUGGCCAUUAAAAUAGAAUUCCCUAAGUUUGGGAGCAUGGUAGAUGAAGACCCAAUAGUAUAUCUGGAAAAAUGCGCAGAGUACUUAGCCGUACGACCCAUGAGUGAUGCCGAGAUAUUAGCAACACUGCCAUCAGUACUGACACAUACUGCCAAGGAUUGGUGGGUAGCUGAAAAAACACACGUUAAAAGUCAAUUCAAGUCUGCCUUUUUGCGAUCAUUUCUGCCUGAUGAUCAUGAGGUGGAAGUGGAAAGGAGGAUAAGGGAGAGAAAACAAGGAAUCGAUGAAGAUCUUCGAACAUUUGCUUUUCAGUAUUGAGCCUUGUGUCUCAGACUUAAACCGGCAAUGACAGAGAAGGAGAUUUUGCAGGCUACCUUGAGGAACUGUAAUCCCAGACUUGCAAGUAUCUUGAGAGGAACAGUAAAUACGUUUGAUGACCUGGUGCGCACAGGGGCAUUGGUGGAACGAGAUAUUGCUGAGGAAAGGGCCUUCUGGAAGCAACGUCAAGCAGAGAAAAACUUAAAAAAGAUGGUCCAGGAUAAGUCCUGCAGAGGUAAGCCUGGAGGCCACAGCAUGGCGUUAGUAACCAGAGGGAAUGUAAAGCUCCUGACUUUGAAUAUAAUUCUGUGUAAUCAAUCUUGUGAAGCCAUUGUGGACACAGGCAGUUCAUACUCAUUGAUUCAGGAAUCAUUGUGGAGGAAAUGGAAGAAUGGAGCAGAGUCAUGGCAGUCCAGUCGAGGACAGACGUUUGCACUUGCGAAUGGCCAUAUCCAGAGGGCUUUAGGUGAAGUGACAUGGGACUGUACUUUGCAAGAGUGCACAAACCCUUUGCGUCUAUUUGUUAUGAGGGAUGAAGACUUGGCGUUUCCGCUCAUUUUAGGCCUUGAGUUCCUUGUGAUAAACAGAGUGAAGCUGGAUUUUGACACCUCCACCUAUUCUUUGCCUGGACAAAAGGAGAUAUUACAUCCUUUCUCUUGCUAUGACCAACCACCUUCAGUUAAUGUACAUUGUGCACUGCCAUUAAGGCAAGCGUCCAGCGAUACCAUAACUGUAGUAAAGGAUUUGGUGGGUCUUGCUGAUGUCUCCCAGACGGAGAAGUAUCAUUUGGAAGAAUUGCUGUUGAAUUGGCCAACUGUUUGUACCGAUGUAUUGGGUCAAACCUCAGUGAUUAAGCAUCAGAUUAUAACAAGUGAUUCCAUUCCAGUGCGCAGAAGAGCUUAUUCUGUCCCUGUCAACAAGCAAAACUUUAUUGAUGAGGAAGUCAGAGCAAUGCUGAGUAAGGGUAUAAUUAGGCCAUCUACGUCCCCGUGGGCAGCUCCAGUAGUGCUAGUAUCAUAGAAAGAUGGAGGUAUGCGUUUAUGUGUCGAUUAUUGAGCACUGAAUGCCAAAACCCCACUGGAUGGCUUUCCCAUGCCUCAGAUACAAGAUAUCUUAGAAUCUGUCUAUGGAGCUACAGUCUUCAGUACCCUGGAUCUGAGGAGUGGAUAUUGGCAAAUGGCAAUGGAUGAGAGCAGUAUCCAAAAGACUGCUUUUGUUACUAAAUACAACCAGUAUGAGUUUGUUCGUCUACCGUUCGGCUUGAAAAAUGCAGGUGCAACAUUCCAGAGGCUGAUGAACAAAGUUCUGCAAGAUAUUAUAGGCAACUGUUGUUUUGUGUACAUAGACGACAUUGUGGUAUACUCCAGAGGAAUUCAGCAACACUUCCAAGAUUUGAAUAAGGUUUUUGCUGCACUGGAAUCCGCUGGCUUGACACUUAAUCUUAAGAAGUGCAAAUUUGUGAGGAAAUCAUUGACUUUCCUGGGACAUGUCAUUUCGGAGGAAGGAAUUAAGACAGAAGAUUCCAAAGUGGAUGCUGUUAAGAAUUUUCCUUUGCCCAGAAAUGUGAAGGAAGUGGAGCGAUUUCUGGGACUGGCAGGAUGGUAUCAUCGCUUUAUCCCACACUUUUCAGAACGUGCUGCUCCUCUUCAUGCACUUAAGAAAAAGGAUGUACCAUGGAAUUGGUCCAAAGCAUGCCAGCAUUCCCUGGAAGACUUGAAGGAUGCCCUGCAAAAGGCCCCUGUAUUAAUGCCACCAGAUACAAAUAAGUCGUCCAAAGUGCAGACCGAUGCAAGCGAUAUUGGACUUGGUGCAGUACUGACUCAAGAAUCAGAGAAGGGAGAACACGUUAUUGCAUAUGCCUCCAGAUUGCUACAAGGAGCAGAAAAAUCCUAUGCUGUCUCAGAGAAGGAGUGCCUUGCCGUGGUCUGGGCAGUUGAGAAGUGGCGACAAUACUUAGAA